GUUAUCGUUCUCAGACACCUGUCAGUAAAUACUGUGAGAGUUACACUGAAUGACUUUGGCAGGCCUAAGGCCAGUAAAUCUCGUUAAAAUCAGAAGAUAAAAUGUCUAAUUUGUUAAACAUGGAUGCUACUACAGAUGAUGACAUAUACAACGAAUUUUCCCCACCAUGUCCCGAUAGCUUGCAGUAUCUGAACAGCACAGUUUUGGUCCUGGUCUACAUCAUAGUCUUCUUUCUCAGCUUGCUCGGGAACACUGUGGUGAUAUUUGUGGUAUUUUUCAUGAAAAACCAACGGUCAUCUACUGACGUUUACCUGAUGCACCUGGCCAUUGCCGACUUGCUCUUUUCAUUCACUCUCCCAUUCUGGGCGGCUUACCUCCAUGCAGGCCACUGGAUGUUUGGCACAGUUACGUGCAAACUGGUAUCCAGCAUACAAGAAGCUACUUUUUACUGUUGCGUCUUCCUCCUUGCAUGCAUAAGUAUCGAUCGCUACAUGGCCAUCGUUAAAGCGACCCAAUUCUUUCGUCAGCGCCACCUAGAGGGCGCAGUUUGCACAGUGGUGUGGAUGUGUGCCAUUUUGUUGUCCCUGCCCAUCAUGGUGCAUCGUGAGGCAUUUGUGCCUGAGAGCAUGGAGAACAUUUACAUUUGUCAUGAGAAUCUGACCGCAGACACCAUUGAACAAUGGAGGUUAGGCUUGCGGAUUCUUCACCACACCUUGGGAUUCUUCCUACCAUUGGGCGUUAUGAUUUUUUGUUACAGUUUUACUAUGUGCACACUCUGUCACUCACACAAUAGCCAAAAGCAGAAGGCGAUGCGUGUCAUAUUAUGCAUCGUUCUGGCAUUUGUGAUCUGCUGGCUGCCCAAGAACGUCAGCGAACUUCUGGACACCCUGAUGAGAGGCAGUUGGAUGACGGAAACGUGCAAGCUGAGGGACAUUUUAGAUGUUGCUCUGCAUGUCACGCAGGCUAUGGCUUUUACCCACUGUGCCAUCAACCCCUUUUUAUAUGCUUUCAUUGGCAAGAAGUUCCGCAACCAGCUCCUCAUAUCUCUCUUCAAGAAAGGCCUGUUGGGGAGAGAGACCUUGUCAAAAUACAGAGUGGAAUCAAUGUAUAGCUCUGCAAGCUCCAGGCAAAUGUCAGUGACACUGUAAUCAAAGUAACAUUCAUGAUGAAACUUCCUCUUACAAAGGUAUAAAGAGCCCUUGUCUUCUGUUAACUGAAUAGCUCACACAAAAAAAAUUUAAUUCUUCCAAUAUUUUUGCACCCUGGUGUUGUUCAAAACCCACAUGCUGUUAUUUACUAUAUCCUGUGGAAUAUAUAAGCAUUAUCUUUUACGCAGC